AUGACAACAAGAGCAAACGCCUACGCCUACAUCCGGGAUAUCAAGAAAAUACCAAAUCUCUCAGAAAGUCAUUCAUUUCUCCGAUUCCUCCCCCGCAAUGCCAGCCCAAUCGCCUCGUUGCUCCGUCUCCGACGAGAUGUGCACACGACCCGCAGACCGUCGACGGCCGUGACGAUUCGAGACAACAAUGCCGGAGUUGGAAAUACCAUAUCGUCGCAAAGUCGUAUAGGGGAUCUUUCGAACCCCUGUCGUGGGAUUCGUGGCUUUUCUACUCCGGUCAAAGCGAAAUCUAUUGCGGAUGCAAGUUCAUUCGACGAGUCCGCGCAGAAGAACGAAACGAUCAGUCCAGGCGAAGAAUCGGUGGUCUUACCGGAGGAUGGGGUAUACCUGGAGGAGGAUGCCGAAUCGCGCGAUCAUCGCCUGAAAGAAAGUGAAUGCUUCAUCUUCAGCUUGUUGAUAACCGAAAAUUUCAGGAACCGCCUUGAAAUAAUCUACAAUCAGCAAGAAGAGACAUCUCGGUUUGAAUGCUGCAUUUCCUUUCUUUUCAAUGAAACAAAAACUAUAUCUGUUACUGGGAUUGGAAAUAAAGAAGUGCGUUUUAACCAAUCUGAUUUCCUGGUCUAUGAUUUCCUAACGUUUCUGCGGACAAAAAGAAAAGGGCAGCAAGACAAGCUCUCUGGAAGCUUUACGCAGAAGCUCGGUCUAGUCCCAUCUGGGAACAAAUGCAAUCCGAUCCCAAGCAGACAAGUCGCACGCCUUCCUUUGAUUGCGGAGCUGCAUCGGAAUGGCCAAUGGGAGCGCUUGGACAGCGCUCUUGAAGAGGUUCUCAAUUCUCAAAAGGCCUCAAAGGACAAGUCUCUCACGGAAAUGGAAGCUAUAUCGACCGAUAAUACCAUCUCACAGCAGAAGGUUGUCACGACGGACAGAUUCAAUACAAAGGAAGAAGUUCUAAAAUCCCAAAAUGCUUCAAAGGACGAGUCUUUUCCGGAAAAGAAAGCUACAUCGACAGAUAAUGCAAUCUCACAGCAGAAGGUUGUCACGAUGGACAGAUUCAAUACAAAGGAAGAAGUUCUCAAAUCCCAAAAUGCUUCAAAGGACGAGUCUUUUCCUCAAAAGAAAGCUACAUCGACAGAUAAUGCGAUCUCACAUAAAAUGGCCGUCACGACGGACAAAUCCAAUACAGAGGCGGAAGCUUCCUCGGACGAAGCAUCCGUCGCCACCAAGAAAAGCACCGCAGAUCGGGGCUUUAUUAGGUUUACUACGGAUGACGACCUACUUGAUAUGAUAGGGCUCUUCCGAAACGACUUACUCAAGGCUUUGACAGACAUGAAAAGGACGAAAGCGGAUCUUGGACCAAAUAGAGGUGGAAGAUACUCACCCAAAACCUCCAGGGGCUUUCGUCCCUACCACCGCAGCAAAUACCAUUCGAAAAGGCUCAAAAAGGCCUUGAAAAAGCUGCGCGAGUCGAAGAGUCCGGAAUUGCUUGAUAUCCGGUCAAAAGUGGCUGACCUGCCAAUCAUGAAAUUCAGACAGCAAGUCCUAGAUCUUGUCAACAAUAACCCGUUCAGCAUAAUUGUUGCCGAGACCGGCUCUGGAAAAUCUACGCAGGUCCCUCAGAUGAUCUUGGAUGAUGCAAUUGACCGGGAAGUCGGGGGCGACUGCAAUAUCCUCUGCACCCAACCUCGGCGCCUCGCCACUUUCCGUCUGGCGGAGAGGAUUUCCCAAGAAAGAAAUGAAAACACUGGGGAGACAGUUGGUUACAUUGUUCGACAAGCCCGUCAGGUAUCCGAAAACACGCAUAUCACGUUCUGCACCACAGGAGUUCUUUUGAAGAUCUUACAAGACUCAAUCAGCAAUGUUGGAUCCUUCUCUCACAUCAUCAUUGAUGAAGUUCACGUACGAGACAUCGGAAUUGAUUUUGUGAUGCUUCUGUUGAGGAAUUUCGUUCGAAAUUGCCAAGGAAAUGGUCGGAAUGCCCCUAAGAUUACCUUGAUGAGCGCAACAGUGGACACCAAACUAUUCUCUAAUUACUUCAGUCUCAAGGGGCCAGAAGGGUCACGCAUUUUUGCUCCCCACAUCACCAUUCCAGGUCGCCAAUACCCCGUGCAGCAUCAUUAUCUUGACGAAAUACUCUUUGAUAUAUGGCAUUCUCCACACGCCUCCCAAUUGAAGAAACUUCUACAAGAGGAUGAGUCUGAGAGAUUCUUGGACAAGCACUACGCUCUAUUUGGAGAAACCGAGCCGGAAAAACCGGUAGAGACGGACUCUACCAGUACCUCCACAUCUCCCCGCCUCGUGUCAUCCGAAGAGGAUAUCCAUAUGCCCUCUGGUCUCUACACCGCGACGAUUCUCCAUAUCCUGUCCACAACAACAUCUGGAUCGAUCGUGUGCUUUCUUCCAGGUCUGCGUCAUAUCCAGGAGGUUAAACAUCGUCUCAUGUUACAUGGGAAUGAAAUGAACCUUGACAUGUCGGAUGAGAGUCGUUUCAGAAUCGGGGUUCUGCACUCACAACUCCCGGAGGAGCAAGAAAAGCUGAACCUUGACGUACCAAGCGACUGCCGAAGGAUCAUCCUGUCGACUGAUAUUGCCGAGGCUUCUGUUACAAUCCCAGAUAUCAAAUACGUAGUUGACUCCGGGAAAGUGAACCAAAUGCUCGUCGAUCAAAAAAGGAACUGCAGUCGAUUGGCCAACUGCUGGGCCACGCAGUCCAAUGCUAAACAGCGAGCUGGGCGAGUUGGCAGAGUCCAGCCUGGAGAUUACUAUUACAUCGGAACCAAAAAGCGAUAUGACAGUCUUCGAAUCACCCCGAUGCCGGAAAUGCUUCGAGGUUCUUUGCUAGACACCUGCUUGCGUGCAAAGAGUUUUUCCGGCAACGAACCAAUUUCGAAAUUCCUUGAAAAAACCAUUGAACCGCCUAACAACGAUGAGGUGCUUGCGAACGUGGAAUCCCUGAAGCAGCUCCAGGCCCUGGACGAGAAUGAGAAAAUCACAACUCUAGGCCACCUUAUCUCACAGCUAGCCCUGCCUCCCCACUUGGCCAAGCUGGUCAUGUUGGGUAUCAUCUUCCGUUGUCUGGAUCCAUUGCUCAUUCUAGCAUCGAUCGGAGUCCAGUCGUCGCUCUUCAUCCGCAGUACGGAACCCAAUUCCAGGACUUUGGUCCAGGCCGCGUGCAUUGAAUUUGCCGAUGGAAGUUCCAGCGAUCAUAUCGGUGCGCUCAAUGCUUUCAGAGCUGUUCGGAAGAUGCAUUAUGAAGACGGGAUAUCUAAAGCAAAGGUAUAUGCCAACGAAUGUAUGAUUCGGUUCAACUCUUACACAUCAGUGCUUCGGACAACCAGACAUGUGUUUGAUAGGUUGCAACGAGAAGAUAUUGUCUCGAAAGAGCAUUCCAGAUCUGAUGAUCAAGGACAAGUCGGCGGCUUGAGACUGAAUGCCAACUCGCACCACACCCCACUCAUCAAAGCACUGCUGCUGCACUGUCUCUUCCCGCGCAUCGCAGGACCCAAAAUGAACCCUAGAGACUGGAAAUUCGCCACAGACUACGAUUCCCGCUCAAUGAUUCACCCACGCAGUGUGGUCAUGGCAGGUUGUACAUUCAGGACACCGCCAAAAUCCUUGACGGUAUACAGCUCCAAGGUGGAAACCACCUCGCCAGACCCAUUUAUCAUCGAGAAUACCCUCGUCUCGCCAUUGAUGGCGACUAUGUUCGGUGGCAGACUUACUUGGGACAAGAACGAGAUGCUCAUGGACUCAUGGCUGAACCUUGAUAUCAACACGGACAAAGCAAUGGUCGACAGGGACGAAGCAGCCCGAAACUUGAUCGAGCUACAAAAGGCCAUCAGCCUUGUAAGUCAACUCAACUCAAUGAGAUCAAAUGGUGCUGGUGCUGGAUGA